AUGUUGGACAUGGAUGCGAUUGAAGAAAUGGGCGUCGCUGGAGUGGUCAAGGACAUUCGCAACCGCGUCGGGAACCAUCCGAUCGACUGUCGCAUCGACGUGUUGGACCCAGCGUUUGCCCCAGGCGCCGGCGCUCCUCAAGCGGGUGGUCUGAGUACUCGAGAACAGUUUGGCAUGCUGCGUGGUUGA